AUGCUCGACAGAAUGAAUGCCGAGAGAAUGCGCUACUGCAAGAGAUCAUCAAAACAGCAACGCCAGACGACCUAA